GACUACGCCGAGGUUUGGGGUCGAGAAGUCAAUGAGAGAAGUGAAAACAUAUUCCUUAGUUGUUAAUCUUCUCGAAAUCUAAUUGCACAACCUAGAUUCAAGGCAAUAUAUUAAGUAGUUUAAUAUGUUAUGACUUCAAUCUCGUGAAAGUGACAAACUUAUAGCUUUUAAAUGUCUUCAAAAACUACUGUAUAUCGAAGAGGUGCCGUUUUUUUGAUGGCGUGCACAUGCGCAGUUCUGCAGGAGACGACCGUUAGACCCGAUGACGUGUUUCUACGCACGAGUUGAGCUAGCCAACGUCGCCAUGACAUCGCCUACAAUUGUGAUCAUGGAUUUCUAUUGGAGAAGCAGUUGUAGCCUAUCUUCAUACUGUACUGUCUUCGUUAUGGUUGAUCGGCAUUGUAACAGCCAGUGAGCGCUUCCGCAUUGACAAUCGGUGAGCUGUCAUUGCGGGAGAAUGAAUAACGCGAAAUGUAGCAUAUUAAAUCAGAUACCAAGGAGACGAAAGCGGAUUAUACAAUGUGUCUAUGUGGUGGGGUUCAUGGACCUGUUUGGGGUGAGCAUGAUCAUUCCCCUGCUGAGUCACCAUGUCAAGGCGCUGGGGGCCAGCCCCACCGUGGCAGGCUUAGUAGGCUCCACAUAUGGGAUCUUACAACUCUUCUCUAGCACUAUAGUAGGCAGCUGGAGUGACGUGGUGGGGAGGCGGUACUCUAUGCUGACGUGUCUGCUGCUGAGUGCUCUGGGCUACGGCCUGCUGGGGAUGUCCACCAGCAUCGGCCUGUUUGUCCUGGCUAGGAUCCCUGUGGGGCUGUUCAAGCACUCCCUGUCUAUCUGCCGGGCCCUGCUGUCUGACCUUGUGUCUGAGGCAGAGCGCCCCCUGGUGAUGGGACACUUCAAUGCUGCCUCCAGCGUGGGCUUCAUCUUGGGACCCGUGGUGGGGGGAUACCUUACAGAGCACGAGGGAGGCUUCUACACCUCCUCCUUCACCUGUGCGGCAAUCUUCCUCCUCAACACAGGUCUGGUUUGGCUGCUUCCCUGGAGCGAUGCGCUAACCCCACAGGCCAAUGCUAACUACAACAGCAGCGCAAGUAAAGCCAGCUGCCACAUCAACGACAACCACGUCACCUCGACACAGCAAAACUCAUCCCAUGGCAACAGCAACAACCACACUACAGCGUCGGGACCAGCAGUCACAGGAUCGGGGGCUCCAGAAACAAACCAGAGGGUCUGGAGCUGGGACCUAGACUGGGGGGAGGUGUCACUGCUCCAACCUGCCUGGCGUCAGCUCUCCUCAGUGGGCUCCAAGAUCCGCACGGUGGCCUCCUCAGACAUGUGGGACCUGUUCCUGGUGCGUCUGCUCAUGGCCAUCGCCAUUAUGCUUUACUACAGCAACUUUUCUCUGGCCAUGGAGGAGCGCUUCAUGCUGAAGCCCAAAGCCACAGGUUAUCUAAUUAGCUACAGCUCUACCCUGGGGGCCUUGGCCGGCUGCUUGGUGGGGCCCGUCACCAAACUGUACGGUAAUGACAUGCCGGCACUGUUGCUACACUCUACAGUCCUCACGUGUUGCCUGAUCCUGCUCUAUGCCAUGGCGCCGAGUGUCUGGCACGUGUUGUUAAGUUCCACUUUCUUUGCCAUCUCCACGACCAUCGGACGCACCUGCAUCACAGACCUUGAGUUGCAGAAAGGGGGAGCUCACGCCAGUGGCACACUAAUCGGGGCAGGGCAGUCGGUGACGGCGGUGGGUCGGGUGCUCGCCCCCCUGCUUUCGGGGCUGGCCCAGGAGUUUAGUCCCUGCGGGCCACCGAGUCUGGGGGUGGGGCUGGCGUUAGCGGCCGUCGCACUGCUGCUGGUAAGAGUUCCCAAAUGGGACGGGAGAUGCAAGAGGAAAGAGGCCAAACUUGAUAAAACACACAGAGAGUGAGAGUGAAUGAAUGAGCGAGAGAGAGAAAGAGCACCGAUGCGAAACUACCAUCCUCAGGAGAUGUCUGGUCUACAGACAGCACUGGAGAGAGAGCUGAUACAGAACUGUUGGGGUUUGUUGUUCACAUGUAAGCGGGUUGUUUCGUUGUUUGUUUUGUAGCUGUUGACAACGGAGCCACAUCUCCGCUCUGCUGUUCUGUUGGUUUGGUCUCAAAGUGAUGACAUCACAGCACCCUGAAAGGAACCGGGUCAUCAUCAGCAUUGCUGUUCCCGUCCUUCAGUACACCAAACAGGUUUAACCGUGAACAAACAACUAGGCCAGCAGCCCUCUGUAUAAAAGGAGUGAGGGGGUCAAUGCUCAAAUAGACUAUAGCAUAGGUCAUCAUGUCAAUGGCACAUACAGCCAUGUUAAUAAAGCCUAGGAAUAGUCAUAGUUUUAUAUAUGUCUCUUGUGAGAGACAAUAAUAACAUUAAAAAACACAAAAUAUAAAUAUAAUGUACUCCUGCUCUUCCUUUAUAACCACUACAAAUAGUCUAGGAAUGCCUUACCUCUCUGGAGCCGAAUUCCAUUUUCUUUCCCUUCUCACUGCAGUGUGUACUCAUUCACCCUCCCUUGAGGGUUGAAAAUAAUUAGAUUGGUGUGAAAAUGUCCACACCAAUCCAAUACCUUUAAAUCCAUUGUGGGGGAGUGAAUGAGUACACACUUUGGGGAAAAGGGUCAAGCACUGAAUUGAGCUUGAGUAAGGGUAGUCCACAGCCACAAAUCUAGGAUAAGCUUACAUUCCCUAAAUUCUAACCCACGUGGGGGAAUACAAUUAUUUUUCAAAAAGUGUCUGUUGGUAACUUCAGCCUAUUUCUUUUUUAACCACUUACCCUCAUUGCACUGCUUUUUCACAGGAUCCUGUCGAACUAAGGUAUCAGGACAUUUUCAAUGGACGUUUGUAUAUAUUUUUUUGCUUUUCAUUUUAAACCCCAUAGUCCAUAUUGAUUUUAUUCAGAUGAAUUGAUUUAUCAGAAAGUGGGCUUAAUUAUCAAUCAAAUAAAACAUUUGAAUUAUUAUUUUGAUAUGACGUUUUCCUCUUAUUUUGAAUGGGGUUGCCCUUACAAUGACCCAAAUGCUACUGAAUGUUAUGAAGACAAAAUUAUUUUAUUGAAUGAUAGAUCAAUCCAAUUCUAGUAUAUCUAAACUUGUGAAUGUGCUCGGUGAAUGCCAACGACAGUUCCAUAACUUCAGUUUUAUUAAAUGUUUUAUUUGAUGUUG